CAGCCCACCUACCGCCUCCCCGCCCACACACGCCGCCCUCGCUCGUCCGUGUUCCGGCCCGACAUGUCGGCGGCGAUGCUGCCGCCUCGAGCGCCGGCCGCGCCUGCCAAGCGCCUGGCUGUCGACGCCCCCGCGGCCGCCAGCCCGUCGCCGGCGAAGCGGCCGCGAGCCAAGACGCAUCUCUGCGCCGACGACGGCUGUGGCGCCGCGUUCCACAGCCCGGCCCGUCUGCGCGAGCACGAGCGCAGCCAUACCGGAGAGCGCCCGUUCGUCUGCCCGCAUCCCGGCUGUGACUCCGCCUUUGCACGCUCGCACCACCUGUCUGCCCACGCGCGGGUCCAUGCAUCGACCUCUCUGCUGGCAGAUCCGCAGCCGUCCGGCGUGGCCUCGCCGGAGCGCAUCCGUCUCUGUGCGGCAGCACCAGUCUGCGCAGCGCGCUUCAUGACGGCAUCGCACGCGCGCCGGCACGAGGAGACGUGCGACGUGCUGCGCGCUGCACGCGUGGUGGAAGGUGGCGAGACGGCCACGGAGCUGGAGGACGAGACGCGCACGGAUGCCGAGCACGGCGUGGCUGAUGCUGAGAAGGCGAAGAAGAAGCGAGGAGGACACAAGGAUCGAGACCGCGACUACGAGUGCACCGAGCCUGGCUGUGACCACACGUUCCGCAAGCGCAAGCACCUGCGAGCGCACAUCUGGGCGCGCCACUCGGCCUCUCCUGCCGCGUCGCCUUUCGCUACAGGCACGCCUGCCGUAGCAGCCGAGGAGGGCACCAAGCCGUUCGUCUGCGCGCAGCCAGACUGCGGGCAGGCAUUCGCCUCCUACUCGGCGCGGCGCAAGCACAUGCGCAAGCACGACGCCAAGCGCUACAUGUGCGCCCAGCACGAGACGCCGGAGCACUUCGAGACGUGGUCUGCACUGCAGGCGCACAUGCGCGCCGCGCAUCCGCCGACGUGCUCGCAUCCCGGCUGCGGGCGGGUCUUCAGCCGGCUCGACCACCUCAAGGAACACGAGGCGCGGCAUGUGGCGCGGCAGAGGAGCGAGAAGCUCGCUGAGCAGGAGGAGGGCACGGGCUUCGACGUGGCGGAUGAGGACGAGAGCAUCGAGGAGCCGCCUGCACGGCCAAUGUUCGCCUGCAACUGGACAGAGUCGCAGUGCAGCAAGACGUUCAAGAGCGCCUAUGCACGCGACACGCACGUCCGCGUCUUUCAUCGCGGCGAGCGCAAUCACAAGUGCGCCUGCGGCAAGGCCUACGGGCACGCGCAUCUACUGCGGGCCCAUGCCAAGCGCUGCGCUGCAGCGACAGGCGCCGGCGACUCGGCCGAGCAGUCUGCAGCGAGCGACGCAGACGAGGGCGAGGACGGCGACGACGAUGGAGCCGACAGCGCCGCCACGUCGGACCUCAGCGACGACGAGUUCUUCCGCCGCGAGGGCGGAGCAGUGCCCGAGUCGCACGCCUCGCGACCGCGCGCGCCACGACGGCUGAGCGGCAGCGCCGCCGAGGCAUCUGCGGAGAAGCGGCCGCCCAAGCUGCUGCACCUCCUCACGGGCUCGUCGUACGCACAGCCCGCGACGCUCUCGCGGCGGCACCGCACGCGCAUCCUCUCGUGUCCCUGGGCGCGCGUCGUGGCACUGCUCGACGCCGAGGACGACGCACAAGGCGCCGAGGCGAUCGCAGCGCUCUCGCCGCAGGACGUGCAGCAGGCGUGUGCCUUUCGCUUUGGCCGCCUGUACGAUGCGCGCCGCCACAUGCGUGCCGUGCACGAGGUCGAGCUCAGCGACGCAGAGCUGCGGGCCCUCAUUCCGGCCGACGAGACGGCCGGGCUGCCGAAGCCGCGCCGCAGCGAGACGCCGGCCAAGUAGCGUCUCGGCUCGCCAUACCCCAUACCUUCGCGUUUCAAUCUGCAAUCGCGAUACCUUGCCGUG